AUGAAUUUAUUAUCUAAGUACAAAAAAAAUAUUAAGCAAACUUUUUUACAAUGUGGGAAUGGGGUUAACUUAUCAAAAAUAGAUGAUUUACAAGCAGCUUUCCCAGCCGUUCCAAUAUCUACGAUAAUGGUAAUAUUUUUUGCUUCAAAAUAUAAAUUUGAUAGGAGUUAUAAUGCAUUAUUACUAUUUGAAAAUGGUAAGACUAUAAAUGAGGAAGAAUUUAUGGUGGAAGAUGAUUUUCAGGAUAUGAUAGAGAGUCUUUUGGAGAAAGAACUGAAAAAUUCGUUUGCUAAUGCCAAAAAAAAAUUAAGGAAAGAACUUGAGUCGAGAGACAACGAAGAACAAAAAUCAAAAAAUACCAACAAGAGUGAAUGUCUAGGACCUGAGAAACCACAGAAGGCUUCCCUUAGUUGGAGCACAGUAGCAACAAGAGGUAAAAAUCACAAUAAAAAUUCUAAUCGAAAGGAUACUAACUUGUCAUACAAUAUUGAUCUACAUUCUACCGAUUCUGAAGGGACUCGAAUAAAUAAAACUAGUAUUAGUGAAGGAGAAAUUCCUGAAGAUCAGAAAAAUUCUAUUUCAAAUCAAAUUAACCUAAAGGAUGCAACGGAUAAAAAAUCACAAUACCCAUCAGAGGUUUCACUACCGACUACAAGCUACCAAUCCAUCCCCUCUACAAAACCUAAAGAUAUCAAGAGCAGUCCUCUACAUGCAACAGUUACGCAUACAAACAAUAGUACAAUUCCCCAAGAACUACCCAUGGAAAAGACAGAAAACAAAGUUGACCAACCACUUGAACAAAGAUCUAUAAAUGAUAAUCGUGAAUGUUUCCCAGAGACAAACCCCAGGAACGAUACAAGAACACUUACAAACAAUACAGUGGAAAUCAACGAAAAAGAAAACAAUCCACUGGUGUCCUUAGGCAAUACAGCCGAGAUUUUAUUCGAAGCAGAAAUAAAAACGGAGAAGUUGACAUCAAACUUAAUCAGUAGAGAGGGUCAACGAACAAUAAGACACAAAAAGAGUAUGGUGUCAAUAAAAGAAGAAGAGUUCAAUCGUUUCAGAUAUCCAGAGAAUAAAUCACAAAAUGAACAACCUAAACGAUCGAUAUUUCAAAAUGAAAAGAUCCCUCUCUUCACAAAUGAAAAUCUUAAAACUCCGUUCAUCCAGUCAACAAAUGGCGUCUCUUCAUCUCAAACUCCGAAGAUAAUCGAACAACCAGAUGAUUCAUCGGUACCAACUACACAAUCCCCUUCUCUCCUCACCAGUAAGUUAAAACAACCUAAUUCAGAUCAAUCACUAUGA